UUAUCACUAGAAAUAAAGACUAGUCUUUUAGCAAACUUCCUUGUAAAUUCAACAUUUGAUGCAUCAAAUCCGCAUGGUCUUUCUAUAACUAAAGCAACACGAAUAGAAAAUCUCCUUCACAAUCUUAAACAUGAUGUCAUCCUACCAUUAAUGACAGUCAUGCCAACCUUAGCAAGUGCUUCACAAAAUCAUGUUGGAUUUUGCACCAUGUACCUCGUCAACAGUCUCAAUUGCUUAACCCUGUUUCUGCAUCAACAUGAUGUAAUUGCAACACCUGAAGAUUUUUAUAUUGAGAUGAGUUGGGAUGAAAGUAUGGAGUCGUAUGUACCUCAUGAAUCUUGGUUUGGUUUGUUGAUAUUGAGCGAGGACAAGAGGUUGGAGUUCUCUGUAGAGUUAGCUGUGUUACAUCGCAUUCGAAGGUUACUUUUGGCGGUGGAUGAUAUUGAUGACGAUGAAUUUCAGGAAAUGAUCGAUGAAUUUGAGGAAAUGAUCCGUUUUGUGCUUCACAUUCCAAGCAUCGAAGUAACUGAAAAUGAUACCAUUUCGUGGAAUUUGAAUCCAGGUAGCGUGGAUGGCUCAAACUAUCCCAUCGCCCAUUGGUCUCUUCUUUGUGAAUAUUUAUUCUUGCUCAUUCCUUAUUACUACGAAACACUACUCGAAAAAUUCGCCGAGUUCUUUGUCGCGACACUUCUGUUAAAAGAUCCUCCGAGUCGACUCGUCAAUCUGCAGUUACACUCCGAACAAUUUCAGAAACCGUCAUUCAGAGUGGCGUCAUUAUCUCAUUUCCAUUGUUGCAAACUAAGGUGGUUAGAGCGUUCUGGAAAUUAAUUGGUUUAAACAUUCAGAAGAUUGACGGCUGGACAUUUCACAAGGUGUUUACCUGGGAUGAUGUUGAUACAAAUGAUGCUGAGAAAGAUAUCGAUAUAACUAAAGCCUUCCAUUACGCCGGGGUUUUCUGUUCAGUCUCACGUUUACUUUCACUUCUCAAAGAAAGAAAUUAAUAAAAGGCAAAGAAAAUUACCUCAUGACGGUCCUUGGACUUUUAAGAACACUUCCAAAGCUUCAAUGUGAUCAAUUUACUUUGAUAAACCAAGCCCACACAAUACUUGGUAUAUUGAUGUGUGAUUUAUCUAUGAAAUUUCCAGGUUAUAAUCAUGAAGCAAGUCAAGUUUUGCAACCUGUGGAAAUACAGAUUACAUGUCGUGAUCUUUUAUUAUUUCUUUUAAAUCCUCAACAUGUAAAGUUGAAGUUUUCACCUUGGUGUUUUAUAAAUGUCUCAUCACUUUGUAACUGGAUUUAUCGAACCGCAUUUGAAGGAAACGCUAGCGAACAUUUUCCUCGUUUAGUUGAAAUUACGCAAAAAAUAAUUGAGAACAUCGUGUUCAUCACGUUAAAAGAUCUAGGUGGUGAGAAAGCGAGUGAUAUUUUAAUUUUCUCAAAAUCUUAGAAAUAAACACCGAACAAUCAUUUGAAAACACAAUCUCUUGUUAUGUGUGCUUGCAUCGAUUUUCUAGAACAGAAGAAGAAGAAGAAGGCUUCGUUAAAGACUGCAAUUUCUAUCGUAAUCUCGGCUACCAGGUCUUUUUCGAGUGUUUUGAAAUCUAUCAGGAAAGGGCCAUCACAUCAAAUGAAAUGAAAAUUGCGGUCAUCACCUUGGGUUCUGCUUUAACACGUGCAGUGAGCUUGGUACCAGUAAAGGAACUUCACUUUACAUUUGCAAACGAUGAAUGGGAAAAUAUUGUAUCUGCUCUGGUUGUGAUGAUAUUAGACGAGAUGGAAGAACCAACUAGUGAUGAAGCAACAACUAUCAGCCUUAUUGAAGCUUUUACUCGCAUCCUAAAGAGCAAUUGUGAAUAUUCUUUGAAGGUCUCUGACGAGUCGCGCUCUCGGAUUUUAUUUAAGUGUUUGGAAAUACAAUGCAAGGUUUUUCGCCCUCGACGAAGGACGGGAAAGGCGAAAAUGUCGAGGAAAUUACCUUAUUAAAGAAGGCUGUAAAUAAACUGUUUGAAUGUUUGGCUGAUGAUGAAGAAGAAGAAGGGAAUUUCAUCAAGACUGUCAACGACAUCUUAGAAUGGAGUGUGAAAGAAGACAAUGAUAAUUAUACAACUGGUGUGGAAAUUUUUAAAGAUUUGCUAUCGACGACAAGCAGCAAACGACACAGGAAGCAGUUGCGACAAAAGAUGGACAAGAUUAUGAUUUUGUUGUUGAAGAAAUCAUCCAGCAAUAUAAAUGCGUACAUUGUUUGUAUUGAGGUUGUUGCACAACUUGUAGCUAUGGGUAAUGGACUGUUUCAUCGUAAUGAUUUCUCACUGGUUUUUCAAGCUUUGACAAGUGAAGUGAAAGAAUCAAGGAUUCAGGACUUUUGUCGUAUUUUCACGGCCAAGUUUACCAUACUCAGUUGGAGUUUAUUUUUUUAUUCUGAAAAUGUGUAUGGAUUGAUUCACAUAUUCAUACCAUGUGUUAGGGAACUUUUGGAAAGCCUUCUCCGCAACAGUUGUCGCGACAUUUCUAGCGAUCCUCUUUGUCCAACAGAAGAAACGGAUUUGUUAAAUUGUUCGAACAAAAUGGCGCGUCUUUAUCAAGAAAUCUCAUCACAUAAAGACGUUAUGUCCAAGUAUUCUUUGUACCUUCUUGCCGAUUGUAUCCACGUGAUUUCAUGUCAUGGAGCACGUGCUCCUAUACGUCAAGUCAUUGUGCAAGGCGUCUAUUACAUUUUUGAUCUAUGCAACGACGAUUGUCUCACGAAACUUCACGUUUAUCUUCCGAACAAUCAACGAGAGCUGUUCCGAUCUUUGAAAGAAGAUUACACCGCACAUCAUAAGUUUAAAGGGAACGCUUAGAUUGGUUGUAAUAAAAUGUUUAGUUUAUAAUAAUUGAAAAUAAUAUUGAGAAAUUAUAAUAAAUGGAACUAAAGUGAA